UGCGAUUGGUGAGGGCGCACUUCACUAGGAACUCUUGAUUAUCAAAACAUUAUAAUACAAACUUGUAUUUUGGAUCGCAUAAUAAUAGUAUAUUUCUGGCUAGGCCUAAUGCCAAAAUGGAUCGAUUCGAAUGGUCUAAGGGUACCCUGAUACCAGGAGAAGUUACUGUGACCCAGCAAUCAGGAGUGAAGAUUUAUGAUGGGUCAGAAAAGACACCAUUUGAAAGAGGCAUGCUGGUCCUAUCCAGUCAUCACAUUUUCUGGAGAGAUCCACAAAGGCAGUCCUGUAUAAUAGCACUUCCGUUGUCACUGGUUUUGUUUGCUGAAGAAGUUUCUGAAGGUAGGGGGAGAAGUCAAAAGAUUGUUUUACACUUGUUGCCACCCCAGCCGGGCAAGCCUGUUGGCCCCUCGAUGAGCAGUGCGCAUUCUAAUAUAAGAUUUGGUUUUAAGGAAGCUGGAGAGACUGAGUUUUUUAGGUGUUUAAGUGAAGAGCUUCGCCGUAAACGAUGGGAGCAUGCGCAACCUGCCACGGUGGCCGUCAAACCAAAGGAAAUCCGAGCUGGAAUUGUGGGCAUUGAGCGCCGGAUAGAAGAAAAGCGCAAGGAAACAGACAGCACCAUCUCAAAAGCAUUUGAAGAUCUCAAUAAACUGAUGGAUAAGGCAAAGGAAAUGGUCAACUUAUCAAAGACAAUAUCCAACAAAAUUAAGGAGCGACAAGGUAGCAUCACAGAAAAUGAGACUAUCCAAUUUAAGUCGUACCUACUGAGUCUCGGUAUAUCUAACCCUGUAACAAGGGAAACACAUGGUUCGGGCUCAAAUUACCACAUAGAACUUGCAAAGCAGCUCUCAGAGUUUCUCAAACAACCAAUAGAGGAGAGUGGUGGCAUGAUGGCCUUAACAGAUGUUUAUUGUAGGAUAAACAGAGCAAGGGGUAUGGAGUUAUUGUCUCCUGAUGACCUGGUAGAUGCUUGCAAGCAGUUUGAUUAUCUCAAGUGUCCAUUAAGCUGGAGCAGCAUGAAUCUCUCUCUGCUGAUGAAUUAUCAAAGCUUAUCGGCAUAUCCAUAUCACUAGCGAAGUCCAGGUUACUUGCAGCUGAAGACUCUAGUAAGGCUUGUCGUGAUGAAACAGUUGAAGGACUGAGAUUUUAUCCCAACAAAUUUUUAACAUUAGCUCCCAGCUGAUUAUUUUCUCCAUUGAUUUUUAAAACAUAGGUGGCGUUUUUUUAAUUUUUAAAAAUGGUAUUAUUAUUGUUAUUUAAUUUUUUUUAUUAAUAUGAUUUUAACUGUUGUUAUAACAUUAGAUGAAUUUUUUAUUUAACUUUAGACACAAUGGAUAAGAAUAUGCCAAACAGUUAAAUUUUCACUUUUCUAAGUGGUUUACUAAGUGACAAUUAUAUCAUCAUAAUUAUUACGUUUACAAGAAAAGCAUUCAUACAAAAUUCUCUAUAUACGUUUCAUUAUGAGGUUUAGAGAGUGUUGUUGAAUAUCCUGUUACCAUUACAUGAAUUGAAUUUAGGGUUGUGUGAUUGGAAGGCAAUUAUCUUAAGCAUCAAGCUAUUCAACUCGCGCACAAUCUUCAAUUGUAAAAAAAAAUAAAAAUGGUGACAAACAAUAACGCAUUAACUUGAUGGAUAGUUCCAUAAAGAUGUUCAAAUAAAGUGAAUAAACUAAUACUGCAUUUACAAAGGUUUUGAA